UUAUUACAUUUGAAUUAAUUAUAUUUUAACCUCACAAUACAUCGCAGGGACAGAAUAAAAGAAAAAAACAGUUGUGGUUUUUACUUAAAGUGGCUUUUUUAAAUUGGUACAGUUAUUCAAAUCAACAAAUUUGGUUUAUCAUUCUUAAAAUUCGUCUGAAAAGAAUUAUAGUGCUUGGUCUUAUCAUGAAAGUACACUAUACAAAUGACACUGCAAAACGAAUAAAAUUGUCUCCCAAAAACGGACUCGGGGGAUAUUACUUUCAUCUUUUCGCUUGACUAAUGAGUACAUUUAGCCUUUAGUAUGGGUGAUCAUGGUUUCGUGGUUUACAAAAUGACGCAAAUUUAUCUGAAUUGUCGGACACAGAUUACCAACAUGUCAUUUUUUUACUAAUUCAUCUCCGUUCCCUCUCGCCGGGAAAUGUUGUCGUCGAGCCUAUAUAAGUCGGAAACGAGUGCCCACUUCAGUUUAAUGCUGUUUAAAAGUGCCAAAAGAAAACAGAAGAUAAAAGAUGAAGACUGGUGUAUGGGAGGUGAGUUUUUAAAGGCUUUUUUAAACGCCUGGGUAGUAAAAAUUGAAAAGUGUAAAUAAUGUUAUUUUGAUCCUGUUAGAAAUGCAAUGAAGAAAGGAAAGACAGAAAAAAGUGUAUUUUCACAGCUAUAAGACACAUUAGAAAGAGGCAUGAAUACGUCUAAAAAUUCUAUUUGUGUUUUAAAGAAAUUGAAUUUUGAUCCUCAGCUGUCAUUUUUGACCUGUUUAAGAAAUCUGCUUACGUUAAGCUCAUUAUUAUUUCGCCAGGUUUGCUUGUUCUUGCUGAUCAUAAUAUGCUCAUGGGAUCUAGUCAAUGCAGCUUCAAAAAAGAUCGUCUGCUACUACACCAACUGGGCCCAGUAUCGUACAGGCAUUGGCCGGUACACUCCGGAUGACAUCCAGCCCGGUUUGUGUACACACAUCAUCUUUGCCUUCGCCAAGGUGGCCCAGGACCCGGAGACCAAAGAGUAUACUCAACUCCUUAACUUUGAGUGGAACGACCUGGCCAUGUACAAGAAGGUGACAGCUCUUAAGUCCCCCGGGGUCAAAGUUCUCCUGGCCGUAGGGGGUUGGACUCACGGAGUGUGGUUAUUCAAUCAAAUGGCAAGCAAGAAAACAACCAGAAAAACAUUUAUUAAAAACGCAAUCGCUUUUCUCCGUAAGCACAAUUUUGAUGGUCUCGAUUACGACUGGGAGUAUCCGAAAGGUGACUCAAAAGAGAAAUUUGCGGCGUUAGUUCAGGAAACUCGCAAGUUCUUCGAAGAGGAAGGCCAAAACCAGAAUAAAGAGCGACUUUUAGUCAGCGCUGCCAUUGCGCCUUUGUUAGAUGUAAUAGAUGAUGGAUACGAUAUACCGCUUUUGGCAGAGAACCUCGACUUCAUCAAUGUUAUGGCGUACGACUUGCAUAGCCAUCGUCAUUUGAGCCAUCACAGUCCAAUGGACAAACAGAGAGAAACGAUCAAACAUCUCCAAUCCCUCGGGGCACCUGCAAGCAAGUUGAUCCUCGGAAUCGCGACAUAUGGCCGCUCAAACACUUUGUCAGGCAGCAGCCUCCACGGCAUGGGAGAUGUGGUCACAGGCGCGGGCAAACCAGGCGUCUUCACCAAGCAGGGCGGCAUACUGGCCUACUACGAGGUUUGUACCUAUCGUAAAGACAGUGACUGGCAAGAGAAGGUCCAUCCCACGCAGCAGGUGCCCUAUGGUUGGCUUGGGUACCAAUGGGUGGGGUUUGAUGACGUCACAAGUGUGGGAAGAAAGGCAAAUUAUAUAUGCACUGAGCAGCUUGGUGGGGUCAUGAUUUGGACGCUGGACUUCGACGACUUUACUGGGGGAACUUGUGGGGAGGGAAAGUACCCUCUGGUUCGCGCGGCCAAGGAUGUCCUCAGUAAGCCAAGCUGCUUUGAAGAGACCGAGGCCGGCGGAAAAUUGUGGAACCUCGACUUCAUCAAUGUCAUGGCGUACGACUUGCAUAGCCAUCGUCAUUUGAGCCAUCACAGUCCAAUGGACAAACAGAGAGAAACGAUCAAACAUCUCCAAUCCCUCGGGGCACCUGCAAGCAAGUUGAUCCUCGGAAUCGCGACAUAUGGCCGCUCAUACACUAUGUCAGGCAGCAGCCUCCACGGCAUGGGGGAUGUGGUCACAGGCGCGGGCAAACCAGGCGUCUUCACCAAGCAGGGCGGCAUACUGGCCUUUUACGAGGUUUGUACCUAUCGUAAAGACAGUGACUGGCAAGAGGAGGUCCAUCCCACGCAGCAGGUGCCCUAUGGUUGGCUUGGGUACCAAUGGGUGGGGUUUGAUGACGUCACAAGUGUGGGAGGAAAGGCAAAUUAUAUAUGCACAGAGCAGCUUGGCGGGGUCAUGAUUUGGACACUGGACUUCGACGACUUUACUGGGGGAUCUUGUGGUGAGGGAAAGUACCCUCUGGUUCGCGCGGCCAAGGAUGUCCUCAGUAAGCCAAGCUGCUCUGAAGAGACCGAGGACGGCGAAAAAUUGUGA